ACAAUUCGAAAUUAGAUCCAAUUCCAAUGACCGGAGUUGGAGAAACCCUAGAGGACCGUAUCAGUUCGUUGCCGGAUGAACUUCUGAUCAAAAUUCUGUCUUGUUCGGCGACAAAGGAUGCAUACACAACAUGUAUUCUCUCUAAAAGGUGGCUUUAUCUCUGGACUUCCAUUCGUAACUUCAGUUUUGCUAAUACAAAUUACCGAGAAAAUUUCACAUCUUUUGUUAACUAUAUAUUAUCUCGUUCUGUUUCUCCCAAAAUACAAAAAUUCGAACUCGACUACAGUUAUUGUGAUGUUGAAAGCCGCUGGCAAAUCACCGAAUGGCUUAAUUUUGCUGCUACUAGAAAAGUGGAACAUCUUCUACUCUGGUCUACUGAUUUAAUCACUUCCCCUUUCCCAUUGCCUCAAUCUUUCUGCGAAUGUUCGUCAUUGAUAACAUUAGCAAUAGUUUUGGGUCGUUUUAACUUUGAUGACACAGUCAUAGCCUGGAAGUCUUUAAAGAGCCUAAAAUUGGGGAAUUUUCUUAUAGAUGAUUACAAAAUUGCAAAAAUAUUGUCAGGCUGCCCUGUAUUGGAAGAUAUGGAAUUACAUGAUUUAGUUGUGCUUAAUGGCCCUCAUCGCUUGGAAUUUAUGUCUUCAAAGUUAAAUACACUGAAGCUGAAUGGUCAAUGGUUGAUUAAUGAUGGAAGUCUUCGUUGUGUGGAAAUUUUUGCCCCGUACAUUCAGCAUUUGGAAAUUUCAGGAGGUCUUUAUGAUCUCAAGUGUAUUCUCGUAGAUGUGUCUGCUGUGGUUACUGCGAAGCUUGCUUUCAACAUUAUGUGUAUCAAAGACAUCAACGAUAAUUAUGGUCUACAUUUUGAUCCUGAGGAAGACAGUUGUAGUGGCUAUCAUCAAUUCUUUAGGUCCCUCGUCCACGGUUACCUUCUAACGUUCCGUAAUGUAAAGGAGUUAACCAUUGGAACUUGGUUAACAGAGGUUCUGUGCAUGUUGCUGUUCAAAGGGACUGUACUUCCAGAAAUGAAAUGCAAAUAUCUGACGCUGGAGUUGCAUGUGAAGAGGUUUAAUUUGUAUGGAGUAGCUGGUCUUCUGCGAGCAUCAAGUCAUGUAGAGACACUCAACAUAAAUAUAUAUACGGAGGCACUAGACAUAGAGGGACGCGACAUAGAUUUAUCAACAAAAUCUCUUGAAGAUACCCACUGCCACUUUGAGUUAUCAGAUUUGGUCAAAGGAGAUGAUAUUGAUUUGCAAAAUUGGAUUUUAUUUGGGUUUCCCAACCUCAAGAAUGUUACGAUUAUCAACUCCCCCGGAGAGCGGUGCUUUAAGGAUCAUUUCAAACAGGGCUUUGACAAGCUUUUGAAACUUUCAGAAUUUCUGUUAAACAAUGCAACAGUUUUGGAGAAGUUCGUGAUAUCAAAGGGAAUAAUGUGCAAGAUAUGUUCAACCAACUGUGUGUCCACAUUUUUAUCUCAAUUGGCUGAGAAAUUGUUUUGUUGCCCAAGAUCCUCUACAAAUUGUGUGAUUAUCUACUAGUAGUGAGCUUGUGAUGAUUAGACUGCAAGUAGUUUUCUAUCUUAGGAUACACGAGAUGUUGCCUUAUAUUGAGUUUUUGGUGAAUACUCAUACAAUCAUGACACUUUAACUUGUCUAUGCAAUUAAUUACUUAUCUUGUGGCAUACCAAAUGUUAUGAUGUCUUAGUUUCUCAUUCUUGAAGCUUU